AUGGAAGACGAGGAAGAGGAGGAGGAGGAGGAAGAAGAAUUCAAAACAAGCCUUAAACCUUCGAAAAACGCAUUUAACCAAAGCGGGACUGUCCAAAUCGAAAAGCUUCCUCCGAGCCAAGGGAAGGAAAAUGAAUCUGCUGGAGUAAUUAACGUUGGCCCCGUACCUAUUCAAAAGUGUGUCCAAGGUGUAAAGUUUACAGGAGUUGAGGAGGACGACGAAGACGACGAAGACUGGGAUUUAUCAUCUCUAGUAGAAGAUGAGAAACCAUCGCCAGCAAAAGAUGAACAACCUUUGUUAGCAAAAGAUGGAGAACAUUUGCUAGCAAAAGAUGAGAAGCGUUUGCCAGCAAGAGAUGAAAAAGUUAAGAAUGCACCUGCUGUUGAAAAGAAAGAUUUGAAAGCGGCACCCACGGUCCAUGCAUGGGGAACUCCAUGCGUAGGGAAACCAACAAAGGAAGAAGGCCUUCAAGAUGAAGAUAUGAGCACAAAAAGCAGCUCACCCACUAUCACAGACUGGAGCGACGCUUCGGUUAUUUGAUUCUUGCAGAUAAAACCUCAUUCCAAAGACAACAGUCUGAUUCCUGUUCGUUUUUUUCUUGUGGGUUAACGUUUUUUUCUUGUGGGGUAACCUUUUGUUUACAAAGCUCUGGUGUCUUUAGUUGAUUUAAUGCAGGGCCGAUUAAUACUUCACUAAAUCUCCACUUUCAGGUAAGAAUUGUUCAUCAAUAAACAGCAUUAACUGAUCCAGUAUUUUAAGUAAUCUUUUUAAAAAAAACGUUUAUACAUAACUUGAUAUAAAAUGUGAACAUUUUAAAUAAACUAUUUAUUUUAACUCAAAGGUUACUUUCUUCCUUCACAAACAUGCAGAAAAUUACAAUGAAAUUGGCAUCCCACUGGCGGCCAGAGGAUCCUGUUGAUCUCUAGUGGUUCCCUGAGCAGAAGAGGGGUUGGCUUUGUAGGAGAGUGCCCCUGCGCACCUCACCAACUCACUAUAUUUGGCCCACCCUGUCCAUGUUAUUAGGACCUUUUCAAGGCCUUGCAAGCAAUACUUAACUGCUGGGACAAUGCAUAACAGCUGCACCAGUCCAGCCAAGCUUAAACCACAAAAAGUCUUGUAGCACCUUGAGGACUAACAAAUUCAUUGUGGUGUUAAGCGUUUGUUCCCAGGUAGGCAUGGCAGCCUAGAUCCUUGCCUAGCGGCAGUGCUUAGACAUUUAAAUGCUUUGAGACACUGAGACCAAAUCCAGCCUCUGCACUUCCUUGCCCUCUUCCACUGCUUAAUACUGUAUGUACAAGCAGAACUUGUACAUUCUGUCUUACAGCAAGAAGAAGAAAUUGACCGAGAGGGCUGGUGGACAAAUAGUGCCAAGACUCAGCCCCUGCCACCUCAGUGACUUGGAGCAUUUGAAAAUAUAAUCAGCUUCUGUAGAUGAAAAGAUGUCAUUAUUGACAUAUUUGCUUGAAUCAAAAUCUGGAAUGAAUGCUGUAGGGAGAGGGUAAAACUUGUAAAAAUGAGGACAUUUAUCCAAGGUCAAUAGUGUUCCUCCUUAAAUAAAAAUAGCUUAUUG